CGAAACCGCGAGCGCGCCUUUGAGGGACGCGCUUUUUUUUUUGAGGGAACCUCGCGCGGCUUCUCCUCGCGUCGUCGCCAUUUUCGUCCUCCGUCGCCGUCGUUCCUCCGCAUUGUGCACACCUCGCGAUUGCGUUAAAUGACCGUUUCUUUAUCGGCAGCUGAACGCCGAACGACGAGUGUGUGUGCGUGUUUGCGUGCCUCGCUCUCCGCCGCUUCGUUUUCCGCAUUUCGCGGUUUUUGAAUUUUCUCUUGUUCCCACUGCAUUCGCCGUUUCCUUCUCAUUUGCCGCGUCUCUCUUUCUUUUUUUCUUUGAAUUCUGAGUUGUUUCGACGCUCUGUGGCGAUUCCGCGAUCUUCGCUUCGAUGUCUCGAUUGUCUUAUGCCGCCAAUCGCCAACGUGAUCGGCCGUCUAUCCGCGAGCAAGUAAUUGUAUUAAUUAUCAAAAGUUGUGAUUGUGUGAAAAAUAAAAAAAUGUUUGGAGAAAAGAAAGGAGAUUAGUGCACUUUUCCAGGAACGAAUCUUCACGAAAAUAAGAUUUUUAAUGGGAGUAUCACAUAGAAUUUUAUUUCUAGAAUGAAAGUGCAUCGAAAGUUAUUCAGGUAUAGUUUUCGUUAACUGGUGAUUAUUUAUUCAUUAUAGUGCUAAUCUAAAUGAUCAGUGCAUAUACUGUUUGGGAAACUUCAAUUAAAAUUUGCAUAAGAGUAAUUGGAGUAAUCGGAGUUUACAUAAGAGUGGAAUCGAUGCACCGCUGAUUUGUAAUUUGUUCGUGAGAAAUUUCGCAGAACACAAACGCUUUACGACUCUUGAUUGCUUUUAGCAGAUAAUCGUGCGUCGGGAAAAAGUCGUAUUAUUGAUGAAGAUAACUUGUUUUAAAUUUUCACUUAAAUUUGUUUUUAAUUUUUAUUUACACACUCCCCAGAUUAUCAUUUGUUUCAAUUGUGCGCGUAACAAUUGUAAGGUGGAUAUAAAUUCUGAUCGAAAUAAAACUAUACGUGCCGUUGUAAAAAUUAGUCUAAACUGUGCUAUAAUAUCACUGAAGCUGAAGAACGUGGCGAUAGAUUGAAUAUUCGCAGAAAAAAAUGCAAGGCGUCUUUUGUUAGAACGAAAUGAAUUUUCGUCUUGCUUUCGUCAAGCGUUCGUUCGAUAUCUAAGAGAGGACGAUCCCGCAGUUUCGCUUCGACAUUAAUGCUCCCAAGACCAAUAAAAUGGAGCUCCCGUGCAAGAGGAGGCAUCUCUGGCAGCCGUGGCUUAAUGUCGAUAGCCUCCGACUGCCUCGCAAAACGGAAGAGGAGAGAUCGAAGGUGACGAAUCUGCAUCGAAAGCCAAGCAGCGCGUGGCGUAAAGACCGUAGAAGAGAUCCAAUUCAGAGCGAAGCGUUGGACAUGUCGGCAGGAAGAACGAAUCAUCAUCACAACAGACCGAGUGUGAUCGUUCCUACCACGCAAGUUGGUAUCACAAUCGAGGAUACGGCUAUGACGUCGACAACGACGUCUACCACGGCCUCGGGUGGACAGAGGACCGUUAUCAGGAUGGCGGGUGGCGUCAGCGAUCCCGCGAUUGACGAGCACUUCAAACGGUCUCUGGGUCCGAAGAAGUACGCGGCCGUCUUCAACGCUAAUACUACGGACAAGGAAACUGGCUUGAGUGUUGACGAUCAUUUCGCGAAAGCGCUCGGCGAAACUUGGACGAGGCUUCAGGCAAUCAAUCGAAAUAAGGAGUCCACCUAACUACCGGACAGUCUCGCCGGAAAUCUUGUCGUCCUACUCGUCGUCGUCCUCGCCGUCGCUUAACGACCGUGGUAACCCACUCGGGGUAAAAUCGUUCCAGUCUCGCUAAAUAUAUAUUAAUGAUAAGUCAUAACCUGAUAAGAAUUAGCCGAAUUCGCGACUGUAUUCGAGGAACUCCUACGUUCAAGUAAAACUAUAAUUAGGGACGAAAAGAUUUAAUAAAGGAUAAAUAAAGAGAAAUAAACGCACAUGUUAGGAUAUGAUUUUAUAAAAAUGCAGGAUAUU